AUGGCCGAGCAGCGAUCCGCCGUGCACAUCCCAACGGUGCCGCCUGUCUUGGACAGUGUUCGUCUCCGCGAUAUCGAGCUACCCCUCCCCGCAGCCCCGGACCCAUGGCAUCGACCCGAUAAAGCCCAGCCAUGCAAGGCAGGCCUGAAGCUCUCCUACUCAUCGGCAAUCGCUGCCGCUGCAGCAGACGAUGUCUCCCUGUCCUUGGACUACGGCAAGCUCUUCCGCCGCUUAGAGUCGGACAUCCGCGACCUGGCCCAUCAUACGACUUCUCCAGAACACCCGCACCGUCGCAUGAUCAGCGUGAAAGGGACACAGCGCGAGGAGAUGAAGCUCAGCGCAGUAGGCCAAGACCCGCGAGUGACAGCUGCUAUUGUGGCUAACUGCGGACUCGAACUACUGGACGAAACAGCCGCCGGCGUGCGGAGGAUGGCGCAUGUGCACCAGAGCCCGCGGAAUAGCUUUUCGGGAAUUCCGCAGGCACCGGCGCCAGCUUCUUGGCCCGUUGAAGAUAACUACGGAAAGUGUGAGGUGUGGCUACACCUGCCGAAGGCACUUUUGCGUGCUGACGAAGGGUUGAAGUAUCGUAGCGUGACCGUUUGGGGUUAUAAAGAUGCUGCGGGGGCAGGUGAUGCCUCGGCGAGAUGCCCCGUUGUGUUGGAAGAAGAGUUCUCUAUUGAUGGGAUCAGGUGCUAUCCUAUUCUGGGAGUGAACUCCCAUGAGCGCGUUGAGAAGCAGGCAGUGAUUAUCUCUUUGGAGUUCCAGGGUCCUGGCCAGCUGGCUUGGGGGUCAACGGUUGUUGAUACCUACCAGGCUAUGACGAGGGCCGUUGCAGAAAAAGUGGAUGAGACCACCUUCCAGACCGUCGAGGCCCUGGCAACUUUCAUUGCGCGUAUCGUGACUGUUGACUUUGGUAAUGAGCGGGUGACCGUGCGGGUCGAGAAGCCCAGUGCACUGGCAUUUGUCGAACGGUCCGGAAUUGAAAUCACGCGGUCGCAAGCAUUCUUCGAGAGCCACGAGGUGGCACGGCGCUGA